UGAACUCCUAUUUAGAAAGAAAACAAAAAAUCAAGUUUAAAAAACCAUGUAAAAAUAUGAUUUCAUCUUCUUCCCUCUCUACUAGCUUUCUUCCCCUUUCUCAACCCUUCAAUACCAAACAAGAUCACUACAAUUCUCUUUUCAAAAACCAUAAUCAAACAACACCACCUUGCAAUAAUAUCAAGCCUUUGAUAAUUCAAAGAAGCUACUCCUCUUCUAAUCCAAACCAUGAACAUGGGUCGGCUUUGAUGGCAAUAAGUGAUGACAAUAAGAGCUCAUCUGGGUCUCCAGAAGAAGAGCGUGGAGCAUUAGAGACUGUGCUGAAGUUCUAUAUCGCGAUUAAGAAUCGAAAUGUUUGCGAGCUCUCUGAUAUCAUUGGAGAUGAAUGUCAAUGCAUCUGCAAUUUCAUCUCUUAUUUGGAACCUUUACAGGGGAAAAAGCAAGUGGUAGAAUUCUUCAAAUGGUUGGUCAAAUACAUGGGAGAUAAUGUAGAGCUUGUGGUUAAACCAACGUUGCAUGAUGGAAUGAAUGUUGGGGUUACUUGGAAGCUAGAAUGGAAUAAGACACAUGUGCUUCUGGGUUCUGGCUUCAGUUUUCAUGUUUGCCAAAUCUACAAGGGAAAAGUCAUCAUAAGGAAUGUGGAGAUGUUCAUUGACCCAAUCCUCCAUCUUGAGCCCUUGAGAUUGGAGCUGAUAGCUUCUGCCAUGAAGAUAAUUGACAAGUUAAGCUCUUAUGCAACAAUACUGAAUAGCAGGAAAAGAGCUGCAUGCGUAUUGUUGCUCAGCCUACUUUUCAUGGUAGCCAUUCUCACAAGAAGACCUUCAUGGAUAUUCCUCACUCUAUUCUUCUUGUCUGCCAUUCUCUUCUUCUCCAAACCAGAUAAUGGAAGACCCAUUUUCUAAGUUCUUUUUUCUUCUUAAAUUAAUUAAAGAAAUUAUUAUUUAUCCUUAAAUUCAUCAAAGAACAAGUCAAACUUAUAUCUAAAAGAACCUUUCAAGUAUCAAAUUCUCAAGAGUUCCAACACCACAAUUGGCUUUCAUGAUCUCAUCCAUGUUCAAUACUUGAAUCUCUGUAAAACUUGCAACGGCAGCUUGGAAAUUUAAGGGGGGGGAAAAUUCAUACUUCGUUCUAACCUAUCAAGUGAAUAGUAUACAAUACUAGAUUGCCAAUAAAAUGACAAGAAAAGCAGCUUGAAGUUAACAAGAUAUACAAGUUUGUUCCCCAAGUAAAAUGAUAUGUAUCAUUGCAUAACAGAGUUCUAACUUUUGAGGUUAGCAUCAGAUGCGAUACCGACAAUAAGAUCCAACAGAAAGCCUAAUGGAGUGAUGGCAUAAAUACAAACAUCCUUGCCAUUCACCCAUAUUACAUGUUCAUUCUAGACAUAGAUUCCCAGGGGUGUAAACAUCAUAUCAUCAUCUACCAUGUCAAUGCACAUAAUUAACAAAAAAGAAAAAAA